AUGGCUUGCAUCAACUCUGUUCCUGCUCCAGAGGAAGACGCAGCCGAUGAUCGUCGUCUAUGGCGUCAAGGGGAAGAAAAUUACAGUCCGAACUUUUCUAGUAAGGAAACAUGGGAACAGCUUCGAACCCAUCACCUGAUGCUUAACUGGAGCAGAGUGAAACUAAAACCCAAGAAAACACACCCAACACCACUUUGUCUCAACGUGCCCACAAUGAAGAUAAAUUACAUUUGUUUGCUUACAUGGUUCCUUUUGUCCGCGUUUUCGGUAACAAACGCGAUUCCAAAAAGUGACAUUCAAAACUUGUGCAGAGAGACGACUGAUGCCGCGUUCUGCGUGAACCAACUCGAUUCAGAUCCACGAAUAGAAGCCGCAAGAGAUCUCGGAGACGUGCUUGUUAUUGCGAUAACACUGUCAACUAUCCAAGUGAAUGACGCAAAGACCCAUAUUAACAGUGUCAGUCGACAAUACAGUGGUCCUAAUGGGAGGAGACGGAUCAGUGUUUGCAAUAAGAAUUAUGAUAUCGCUUUGGCUAGGUUCCGAACUGCUUGGGAAAAUGCACUGAAAAAAUCAUUUGCGGAAGCCUACAGACUUGCGGGUGUUGGCCAGAACGCUGUGACUGACUGCGAAAACGGAUGGGGAAGGAGUGGCCCGAGACAACAGUCUCCUCUCACUUUAUAUAACACAAAUGUUUCAAAACUAUAUGGAAUCAUUCGUCUUCUUACCCAAAAGCUUGGGAUUAGAAUAUAA